AUGAACAACGAUGCACGUGCAGUGUUACAUCUAUUAAGUCGUCGUUCAUCAUCUGGUACAGACGAAGAUCAACAUGAGAACGAAGAACUUGAUAUCAAUAAUAAUGCAAUUGCAAAAGAAGAUAAUGAAGAUAAUUUUUAUGAAGAAGGAUAUGAUGAACGAAGUCUUGAACAAUCUCACAAAUGCAUCUCAGAUUCUGAUUACACAUCCUCAUCGAUUCUUACACUUUACAAUCACCACAAACGAGAUUCAACACGAAUUGAUCAACAAAAUCCAUCGAUGCAACGACGCGCUGACUCCGUUUGCAAAUUUGUCGAGCCCGCAAGUAUAUCACGUGGACGGGGAAUUUAUCGUCGUUCGGUUACAUCUCUAGAUAUAAACAAUGAAUCCAAAUCAAAUUUUUCUCAUCCAACAUCAAAUGGCUAUUUAAAUGAUCGGAGAUCACCUCCACCACCUCAUUGGCCUGUAACUAAAACAGGGCUAACGUACGAAUCAAAAAUAUCACCAAUUUUUAAAAAUAACUACACUUUUACAACAGCUGCUCUAACGACUCGUCAAUGUUCUGUAGAUGUUCAAUCAAUUGAUUUUUCAUUUAAAAUUCGCGAUUUAUCAAUUAUAAUUAAUAGUGAUGAUUUGAAAACAUGUAAAGGGUAUGAAAAAGCUUGUGUCUUAUUAAAAUCAAAACGUUUAGCCUAUACAGGGUUAAACACAUAUCCUGAUAUAUGGCAUUUUAAUUUAUGGAAAUAUAAAAUUCAAUUUUUACCAAUACAAACAAAAUUUUGUCCACGUAUGCCAAUCAAUGUUGAUGAUUUAGAAUAUCCAACGUUUCCAAUUCAAGAGUUAACUAAAUGGAUGAAAAACGAUCACUACUGGUUUAUGAUCAAAGAUCAGCCAAAAUUUAUUGACACAUAUUUCAAUGAAACGAAAAGUUCAAUGCCUGAGUCAACAAUAAUAAAAUCGCAUACGAAACUAGGUGCUGUUUCCUUUAAAGAAACAAUCCAUCUAGAACUAUCAUAUGGCGCUUUAAUAUCUCAAACGCAUUACGUUGAACAUCCCAAAUAUGUACUGAAAAAGAAAUCGAAAUGGUAUAUAGCAUUUUAUCAACGAAAAUUUGAAAUAGUAAUUCAAAACAAUCGACUUUGUAAAAGAGUAAUUAAACAAAUUCCCGUGGAAUUAAUUGAUCGAACAGCCAUUUUUAAAUUAGAGCAAAAUUCUUUUACCCUUUAUUUAUGUAUGAGAGGCAAUGUACACGAAUAUGAAUCAACAACAUAUACAAAUAACAACAAUAGUAAAAAUGGUAUGCUAAAAAGUGCUAUUAAAGUAAUGAUUGCUAAACAAUUUUCUCCAAACUUGAGACGUGCACAAUUGAACUUUGAUAAAGAUUUGCAUAUCCGAUGUAAUCAUCAACCAAAGGCGACAACGUCCCAGACAUCAGCUCGUCGUCGUAUUUCACGAUUGAUGCCAACAUUUUCAACAACCCGUCUCACCGUAUCCUGUAAAGCUGAUGAAAUGAGUCAAGAAUAUUUUAAAAAUAGAAAAAAUAAUAAUAAUACUAGACAUGAACAACAUUUCGAUCUGAUUAAACAAGAAUCAUUCGCACAAAUCAAAGAAUUAUUCAAACAUUUGCUAAAUUUUUUUUAUUCAAAUACAAUUCAGGUGUGUUUUGCUGCAAUUCAAAAUAAAGAUGGAAUCACCAAUUGUUCGUCGAUUUUAUUUCCUACACGUCUUCAAACAUAUGCCUUUCAAAUGUUAAACGAUAUUGGUUAUAGAGUUCAGUACAACAUAUAUCAAAGUCAACUAUUUUGUGAACAAAUGAAACAAAUAGCGUGUCAAAAAAAUAAAGAUUAUGAGAUUAAUUUAGAUGAUCGUUUCUAUUGUCUUUGUAUGUACCUGCACUGUCGUUUAUCGGAAUCUCAUUUUGCCGAUUUGAUGGGCGAAUUAACUGCUGGUAUAAAAGAAUAUAAAAAUAAAUUGGAACGAUCGUUUUUAUCUGGGAUACAAAUGCCAUCGUUAAAUACAUCACCAAAACCAAAUCAUUUGUAUAUAUAUUCUGUUACAAUAACACCGACAACAAUUUGUACUAAGCCAAUCAAGUUAUGUAAAACAAAUCGUAUAUUACGUGAAGAAUUGUUUGGAUCAAAAAUGAAUUUUGCACUAGUUGAAUUGAGAGAUGAAGCAAAUAAACCAUUGUAUAAACAAACAUUUUUAGAUAUUCGAGAAGUUUUAAACAACUAUCUAACAAAAGGAUUUCGAAUUGUUGAAUAUCAAUACAAAUAUUUACAUCAUUCACAAUCACAGGUGAAAGAUAAACAAUUCUGGUCUUAUUGUGAUGAACAACAAUGUGGUGGAAUAUCUAUUGAAGCUGCCUACUCGUGGAUGGGUAAUUUUGAUAACGAAAAGGUAGUGGCCAAGCAUUCAGCAAGAAUUGCGUUAUGUUUUACUAGUACAAGUCCAACAAUAAAAAUUGGUGCUGAAUUAGUGACAUAUAUUCGUGAUAUUAAAAGUGAAAACGGAAAAUAUAAUUUUACAGAUGGUGUUGGGGCUAUAUCGUCUACAUUAAAUGCUCAAAUACAAAUAUGUAUGAAAAAACGUUUUCCAUCAAGUGUUUUACAAAUACGUUAUGGCGGUUGCAAGGGAACUGUUUCAGUUGAUCCAAAGCUUGAUAAUCAACAACAUCAGUUAAUUAUACGUGAUAGUAUGAGAAAGUUUACCAGUGAUCAUGAUACUUUAGAAGUGUGUAAAUUAUCAGCACCACGUCCGCUUCAUUUAAAUCGUCAAGUUAUUGUGCUUCUAUCUAAUCGUAAUGUUCAUGAUUCAAAAUUUCUAACGUUACAAAAUGAAAAUCAUCUUUGGCUCGUUCAAUCAUUACUCUCAUCAUCCGGUGCAUUUGAACUACUAAACGAAAAAGUGAUUAAUGUUUUUCGUUUUCGUGAAUUAGCUCAAAAAUUUAAUAUUGUUGAAGAACCAUUUUUCUUACAAUUGUUAACUAUUACCGCUCAUUCAUGUGUCGGUAAAUUUGCGUCACAAUCACGCAUCCGUAUUCCAAAAUCAAAAGGUCGAAAUAUGUUCGGUGUCGUAGAUGAAUAUGGUGUACUUGAUUAUGGACAAGUUUUCAUCCAAUUUACUCAUUUGGAAAAUGAGAAACUAUACGAACAACGUCCAACACAAAAAUAUCAAACAGAAAUUUUAAACAAUGUGUUAGUUGUUAUUACAAAAAAUCCAUGCCAUCAUCCUGGGGAUAUUCGAACGUUUGUGGCUAUUGAUCAUCCGGAACUUCGCCAUUUAAAGGAUGUUGUCGUUUUUCCACAAAAAGGUGUACGUCCACAUCCAAACGAAAUAAGUGGAUCCGAUUUAGACGGUGAUGAGUACGUUGUUAUUUGGGAUAGUGAUUUAAUUCCUACUACUCCAAAUCAACCAGCAUACGAUUAUGACAGUCAGAAUAAACCGUCAGAAAAAAAAUCUCAUAUAACACGUGCGGAUAUCAUCGAUAUUGUUCUUAAUAUUGCACAAGAAAAUUCUACCGGUGAAUUAAGUAAUCUUCAUCUAUCUUUAAGUGAUAAAUAUGGUAUCAAUUCGAAGGUUUGUAUUAAAUUGGCUGGUUUCAUUAGUCAAGAAUUGGAUUCUCCGAAGACGGGUAUACAUCCAGUGAGUGAUGAACAAAUGUUUGAGUAUCGUUCACGAUUAAAUUAUGAAUAUCCCGAUUUUAUGAUGAAACAAAACUAUAAGGCAUAUCCAUCGCCAAAUAUACUUGGUAAACUUUAUCGAUCGGCGCUACGCGCUCUACCAAGCUGGAAACGAGCCACAACAAAUCAUUGUAGUCAACGUUUUCGUUCUGCUUUUGUCGCUGCUAUUCGUCAAACGGAAUCUGAUGAAUCACUACCGGUGCCAUUAAAUCUCGAUCAAACACUCAUUCAUAAGUCAUACGCAAAAUAUCGUCAUCAAGCUCAACAACUGUUUUCCAUAUAUCGAUUCGAAUUAUUAAAUAUAAUUAGUGUAUAUCAUUUUCAAGACGAAAUUGAUCUCUUUUGUCGAUGUGAAGCAAUAGAACAAAGUUCAGGACACAUGGAUCUAGAAUUAAGUGCACAAUAUGAGCUUGAACAUCUCAUCACUCGCAUAAGAAAAGAAUUUUUUCAUGAAUUCGAUCAAGUACAAGUAAAAAAUAAUGAGAAAACAGAAUCUUCGUUACAGCAUUCGUUAGAACAUUCAUUACAUCCCGGUGAUUGUACGCAAGAUCAUGAAUGUCAUGCUUGUCAUGAAUUAAAAUUAGCCAAAGCAUCCGCUUGUUAUGUUAUAUGUUAUGAACGUGCACAAAAAAUGUCAACAAAAGCUCGUCAACGUAUUCUUAGUUUUCCAUGGUUAUUUGGUUUACAACUAUGUGAUGUUCGACAAUAUAAUCUCAAUCAAUCUAAAUCAACAGAUUCAAUCAAUAAAACAGAAUAUAUUGUUGUGGAAAGAGCAAUGAAAAAUGCAUUAGAAAAAUUAGUUGAGCAAAAACAAUUAAAAUUUAAAGUAUUAAUACCAGUUUAUACGGAAAAUUGUAUAAUUUUUCUUAGAAAAAUGUCAACAAUAAAUUCCAUUGUUACAAAUGAGCAAGAACCUGAUGUCGAAAUUUCUCACGUUAAUAUUUUCAAGUUAUCUUUCGUCGAAAUUCUUCACCAUUGGUUAUCAAUUAAUCAAAAAGUAUUUGGAGAAACGUCAUCAUCAAUAGACAAAAAACCUCUUAUUCCAGAAACAAUUUGGCAUCAGUUAAUGAUUAAUUUUUUGAACAAUACAAAUGGUAAUGAAAAUUUAUAUCGUGUGGUUUUUCAUCAAAAUGUUGGUCAAAUGAAUCAGAUGAUGAAUAGAUACUAUGAAUUAGUUCAACAGCACUUACUUAUGAAUCAGUCAGUAUGGGAUAAUAAAAUAUUCUAUGAUUUAUUUGAUGAAUUACUCAAGAAAUGUUUUGAAUAUUCGAGAAGAUAUGAAAGUACUGAUAUGGCUUAUCUAGGAGAAUAUCUCAUAUUGGCUUUGCAAUCGAUUGGUCUCGAAAAAGAGUUAACUAAUUUGAUGUUAUUUGAUAGUUGA